GUCACUGAGCGUCAGCACUGGCCGACAACCUUAAGCCAUCCCAUUUUCGGACAAUUCCAGGCGGACUUCUCUGCCCCCCAAAUUCGCCAAAGCUUCCUUCACCUAUUAUUACAACUUUAGUACACCAGAAAAAAAUAAAAAAAACGACCCGAAAACUUUACAUCGCAUCUCACCCUAUCGCGUACCAUCAGGAAAAGAUGGCUCCAUUCAUGGAUCAAGUUGGGGCGCAAUUGACAAAGCGAAGAUACUGUAACGGCGAUGAUUACGAUCGAUACAACAACUGCUAUGGCGCGUGGCAUGGAUACGGACGCUGGAUCUUCGCUGCCGUAGUCAUCGUACUGAUCAUCCUCGUCUUUGCUCUUUGGGCAUGCAUCAACUCCCGUCGCCGUCGCCGCUCGGGACUGCAGCCAAUGUAUGGCACUGGUUGGAUGGCUGGCAAGCCAGGCCCCAAUAACAACCCUAGCUAUUACAACAACAACAACAACAACAACAACCCGCCUCCUCCGGCAUAUGGAGCACCACCCGGACAAUCGUACCCGAUGCAAAAUCAGUACACGGGAUCCACCUUCUCGCCUAGCGAUGGUUACUACGGUCAGCACGAAGGCGUUGUACAGCCGCCUCAAAAUGUCUACAACAACCCCAACCAUACCAAGGGUGCGGCUGACGACUAUGCUCCUCCCGAGGGUCCUCCACCUAACCGAUAAGCUGGCAAAGAACCGAGGCGGGCGUUUGAUAAUGAGAAGGGAAGCAGAACAUACCCUUAUUUGACUCAGGUUAGGCGUUGGGCAAAAAGGCUUAGUUAAUCACUCGGCAUUUACGAUGAGAUUAUUGGCAAAGGAAACAAUGAAGUGUUUUUAAUGAGAUGGAUGAACACGCUCUAUUUGUCUUGUAUGAAUGGACAAGAUUACGCGCCUCGGGGUUUUUUCUCUUUUGAGAUUGUC